AUGCAGAGUCCUUCUUUCUCGUGGAGCGACCUCAACGCGUGCAUCAAAUCCGCAGUGAAUGGCUGCGACUCCGCGAAGGAUCCUGCGCGUUGCUGCGCGCUCUGCUUGCUCCAGGCGGUGCAGAAGCAUCGCAGCGACAGCGCGAUUCUGCAAAACGCGAUGCCUUCGAGGCGGGUCGCGACGGAUCUCCGCGCGAUUAACGUGUUCGACGACGUGUUUGAGACGAUCGGAGGCAGCCAGUCGCUCAAAGCCCAGCUCAUUGAGACCAUCGUCGAGCCGUGCUUGCACUGGGAGGUCGCUUCGAUCGAAUUCGAUGAUGUGAAGAGAUACAAACAGUUCGCGUUCGCGCUGCCCACGGGAAUUCUGCUGUACGGACCGCCUGGAACGGGGAAGACCGCGAUUUCGCGCGCCUGUUCACAAUUGGGACAUCUGAACUUUUUAUGUCCCCAUAUUAGUGACCUGGUGAACAAGGAAAUCGGAGAAAGCGAGCGUCGAAUUCGCGAGUUAUUCGCCCAAGCGGAGCGAUGUGCUCCCUGCAUUAUCUUCUUCGACGAAAUCGAAAGUGUUUUUAAGAACCGCGAAAUGCAGGACGUUUCGUCGAGUGCGCAGCAAGUGGUCACGCAGCUUCUGCUGAAAAUGGACGACGUUCGAAGACGGAAUCAGAGCAAUGGAAACAAGCUCGUGUUUAUUAUCGGCGCGACGAAUCUCCCGGAGCAGUUGGAUCCCGCGUUGCUGCAGCCGGGACGGCUGGAUUUGCUGCUAUUUGUGCCGCUUCCGACGAAGCAGGAGCGCGAAGAAAUCAUUGGAAUUUAUGGGAAGAAGGCGUUGGUAUUCGAGGAAGUGUCGAUUUGCGAAUUGGCGGAUUGUGGAGGCGAUGGAAUGAGUUGA